GUUUAAAUUUCAAAUCGAGGCCAACGCAAAAUGACAAGAGAAUGGGGAGUGAAACUUUCAAAGUGGCGAUUAUUACACUAUUUUCUCAUUCAGCUUCUUUGAUAAAGGCUUUGGAUUACUGUCCUGAUUCAGACUUCUAUUGUGAAGAGUCUCAUUGUUGUGGGAAAGGGAAAUGUUGUACAUAUUAUUAUGAGUUGUGGUGGUUUUGGCUGAUAUGGGUCAUCAUAGCUGCAGUGAGCUUCUGUUGUAUAUAUCAACACAGGCGGUUGAAAAGACAAGCUCUUCAGAGAAGAAGGCAUAGUAGAAGGGGCAAUAGAACAAUAAAUUUUUUUCAGCCUUUAUUUGAUCCAGAUAAAGGGCUCCAUUUACCUAGUUAUGAAGAGGUGCAAGACAUGCCAGAGGAUCCUCCACCUUACAGCACCAGUCACUACCUGAACCUUCCAGUAACCACAGUGGGCACCGCUUCCUCUCCACACAUCCAACCAUCUUCCAGGCAUACCUCCCACGGGGAAGAACUGGUGGAAGAAGUCAUUGAUGAAAGUUCAACUGCAAGCCUGCUGGACAAUGAGGUAUCAUCCUACCAUGUAGAUCUUUCAUCCAUCCCACCCCCACCCUACACACCCAUUGAGGCACAACAGGAAGAUGAGCAGGGACAAAACAGCUGUCCAAGACUGUCUCCCAUGGUUUAGUCAGAUAAAUUAAGGUUUAAUCUCAUUUAUAAAUAUUCUUGUGCUUUGAAUGGGGUUAAAUGCAUCACCCAAUAAAUGUAGUUUACUACAGCAACAACCAGUUCCUCUCAGCACUUUGGUACCAAGUAAAGAGUAAGGAAGAAGCCCUAAGAACUACUGUACAGACAGCAGAACUCAGUAAGACUGCAUUGUGGAAUGCUUUAAUGCCACACUACUACUUAAAUGUGUUAUUGGUAGAAUGGAAGCUUUUUAAGAAUUUUGUGAGAGGUAUGACUGUUGGAUGUCUUUUAAUCUGUGCAUUACAUGGGGCAGAAUGGAAAUGUACCAAUGCAAACUGUGUUUUCCUUUUCAUUAUUGUUUUUUUGGCACAUGAGUUUAAGACCUACUUCACUGCCAAGAUAUCAUACUUGUCUUGCUGUAUUAAGUGUAAGCAGCAGGUAAAGGUGUAACUGUCAAUUAGUGAAUGUGAACUCGUGCUGAGAUGCAUUCCAGACAUAAGGUGCUUUGCCUUGAUAACAAAUAACAGUUCCAGUCAUGGUAUACAUGUAAUGUUUACAUCAUAUUUUAUUUUUGUCAGUUUUUCAAAUUGUCAUUUCAGAACUCACUCAUGUCUUAAAUGUGAAAUGAUGUUUGAUUAAGAAAUAAUGUACGUUUUAAGAGAUAGAAACCUUAUAUUAAUGAUUGCAUAUUUUCCAAGUUUUGAUUGCAUAUUUUCCAUGCAGAAAGUCCAGCAUGUAAACUAGAUGGUUGAUAAAGAUAGCAUCAUCACAAUAUGUGUUUUGCAAACAUUGUACAUAGACAUCUUUACUUUUAUGAUGAAAAUGAUUUUUAUCUUUUAUAGAAGUGUACAAAUAAAUUUAUAUUUUUGUAAAAAUUAUUUGUAAUGCUUCUUUUUCCUGCUUGUUAAUUUACUGUUUUAGUUACCAUACAUGUCAGACAAGUGCAAUUUAAUGCGGUGGCAUACAGUAGCUGUAAAUUAAGCAAUUAUCACCUUGCGACUACAACUUACAAGUUAAUUGGAUGUUCACUUCUCCAAUUGUCACCUAUUUGCCAGAUAAAGCUGGGUGACUAAGGGUUCCAUCAUGGACUAUCAUUUUAUUGUCAUGAGUGUGAUAAAUUGAGAGUUCAGUUUAAUA